ACUUUGGAGUGAUUGAUGUUUUUAAUUUCGGGUGAGAUACACUCACCAUGGUGGCAUCCUGGCCUGCUCACGAACAUCUCGAGCACUUAGCACUCACAGAUGCCUGUCGCAUGACGGAAUGUCGCCUCCCUGGCUAACUCCUGUUGCAACCUCAGAUCCAAGAGACACCGUUCAAUUCACCAGGCUGGGGAGUCAUCGGAAGUCGGACGCUGGUGGCCCGGCAGGGAAAGAAUUGGAGCGAUGCCAGCGGCAGGCGGACGAAGUGACGGAAAUCAUGCUCAACAAUUUUAACAAGGUCCUGGAGCGUGACCACAAGCUGGCAGAGCUGGAGCAGCGCUCAGACCAGCUCCUGGACAUGAGUUCGGCCUUCAGCAAGACAACCAAGACUCUAGCCCAGAAGAAGCGCUGGGAGAACGUUCGGUGCCGGAUCUACUUGGGGCUGGCGGUGGCUGGUGGCCUGCUUAUCAUCCUGAUUGUGUUGCUGGUCAUCUUUCUUCCAGGGAGUGGUGGGAACAGUAGUAAUCCAUAGGCCUAGGAUACAGGCAUUGUCUUAGGGACUGGGGACUGACCCAGCCAGGCCUGGAGGAGAGGCUGAACGACUGUACUGGCCUGUUCUGGUCUCCAGAGAGUCCCGGUGUUUGCUUCUGUCUCGGCCAACCUCGGAGAGUACUGAAGGGCAUCCUGGAUAUGUGCACCCCUGCAUCUCCCAUCAUGCCAUGGACUGACCCUUGAGGGCAGCCUGCUGCUGCACUGGCCCUACUAGGCGACACACUGGAGCUCAGUAAAAGCAGCUGUUUGGUUAAAA